UCUCUGUCGGGGCGUAUAGUGGGGGGCGUGUGGUGGUUCUUCACUCUCAUCAUCAUCUCGUCCUACACGGCCAACCUGGCAGCUUUCCUCACAGUGGAGAGGAUGGUGUCGCCCAUAGAGAGUGCUGAGGACCUGGCCAAGCAGACGGAGAUCGCCUAUGGAACACUGGACUCAGGCUCCACCAAGGAGUUCUUCAGGGUGAGUACACACACACACACACACACACACACACACACACAAACACACAAACAAGGACACAGACGUGUGUGUGUGUGUGUGUGUGUGUGUGUGUGUAUGUGUGUGUGUGCGUGUGUGUGUAUGUGAAUAGUUAGGGCCUGGCAGUAGCAGACAGAGUGUGCAUCUGUGAGCAGCGUUAACAUCAUCAACAUAACGAGCAAGCUGGAAUCUGUGGAGGGUGAAGAAGCUAUUUACUCUGAGAGGGAUUUACCACCAUUCAUUGUGUGUGUGUGUGUGUGUGUGUGUGUGUGUGUGUGUGUGUGUGUGUGUGUGUGUGUGUGUGUGUGUGUGUGUGUGUGUGUGUGUGUGUGUGUGUGUGUGUGUGUGUGGGUGCGUGUGCAUGUGCGCGCGCAUGUCUGUGUGUGUGUGUGAGUGCGUGCAUUCAUAUGUAUUUUUCACCACUGAUUUCAUAAAGCCUGAAGGUAAGCUUAUGAUGGUCACUACAUUGAAAUUACGGCAUUGUUUGGCCUGGCAGACAGAAAAAGAAGGAGAAAGAGAGAGAGAGAGAGAGACAGACAGAGAGAGUGAGAGAGACAGAGAGAGAGAGCGAGAGAGAGAGAGAGAGUGGGGGGGCGAGAGAGGCUCGCUGGUUCGACGAAAGUCACUGACAUUAUUAUGGGAUAGAUGUCUGUCACACCCAAGCAAAUCCCGGCGAGGCACACACACACAUACACCGACCUCUCUACUCCAGGCUGUAGCUCAUUGGCUAAGGCUGAGGCUUAUCGUGUCCUAAAGGAGAGAGAUAAUAACACUUUAUAAUGGAGAGAGAGAGAAUAACACUUCAUAACGGAGAGAGAGAAUAACACUUCAUAAUGGAGAGAGAAUAACACUUCAUAACGGAGAGAGAUGGAAUAACAUUUAAUAAUGGAGAGAGAGAAUAACACUUCAUAACGGAGCGAGAGAAUAACACUUCAUAACGGACAGAGAGAAUAACACUUCAUAACGGAGAGAGAGAAUAACACUUCAUAACGGAGAGAGAGCAGAAUAACACUUCAUAACGGAGAGAGAGAAUAACACUUCAUAACGGAGAGAGAGAGAAUAACACUUCAUAACGGAGAGAGAGAAUAACACUUCAUAAUAGAGAGAGGGAAUAACACUUCAUAAUGGAGAGAGAGAAUAACACUUCAUAAUGGAGAAAGAGAAUAGCACUUCAUAACUGAGAGAGGGAAUAACACUUCAUAACUUAGAGAGGGAAUAACACUUUACAACGGAGAGAGAAUAACACAUCAUAACGGAGAGAGGUAAUAACACUUCGUAACAGAGAGAGAGAGAAUAACACAUCAUAACGGAGAGAGGUAAUAACACUUCAACAGGAGAGAGAAAUAACACUUCAUAACGGAGAGAGAAAAUAACACUUCAUAGCGGAGAGAGAGGAAAUAACACUUCAUAAUGGAGAGAGAUAAUAACACUUCAUUACGGAGAGAGAGAAUUUCACUUCAUAACGGAGAGAGAAAAUAACACUUCAUAACGGAGAGAGAGAAAAACACUUCAUACAGAGAGAGAGAAAUAACACUUCAUACGGAGAGAGAGAAUACACUCAUAACGGAAGAGAGAAAUAACACUUCAUAACGGAGGAGAAAAACACUUCACAACGGAGAGAGAGAAUUACACUUCAUAAUGGAGAGAGAAAAUAACACUUCAUAACGGACAGAGAGAAAAACACUUCAUAACGGAGAGAGUGAAUAACACUUCAUAAUGGAGAGAGGGAAUAACACUUCAUAAGGAGAGAGAAGAAUAACACUUCAUAACGGAGAGAGGGAAAACACUCAUAAGGAGAGAGGAAUACACUUCAUAAAGAGAGAGAGAAUAACACUUCAUAACGGAGAGAGGGGAAAACACUACAUAACGCAGAGAGGGAAUAACACUUCAUAACGGAGAGAGGGAAUAACACUUCAUAACGGAGAGCGAGAGAAUAUCACUUCAUAACGUUGAGAGGGAAUAACACUUCAUAACGGAGAGAGGGAAUAAUACUUCAUAACGGAGCGAGAGAAUAACACUUCAUAACGGAGAGAGAAUAACACUUAAUAACUGAGAGAGAGAAUAACAUUUCAUAACGGAGAGAGAGAAUAACACUUCAUAACGGAGAGAAGGAAUAACACUUCAUAACGGAGAGAGAGAAUAACACUUCAUAAGGUAGAGCGGGAAUAACACUUCAUAACGGAGAGAGAGAAUAACACUUCAUAACGGAGAGAGAGAAUAACACUUCAUAACGGAGAGAGAUGGAAUAACACUUCAUAAUGGUGAGAGGGAAUAACACUUCAUAAUGGAGAGAGAGAAUAACACUUCAUAACGGAGAGAGAAUAAGACUUCAUAACGAAGAGAGAAAAUAACACUUCAUAACGGAGAGAGAGGGAAAUAAUACAUGAUAAAAACAAGGGAGUAAUGACAGUUGUGGAGAAUGACAGUUUGUUCCCCAGCUUGUUAUUUUCAUUCUUCACUACACACACAGACACACACACACACACACACACACACACACACACACACACACACACACACACACACACACACACACACACACAAACACAUACAUUCACACACAUAUACACACACACACACACACACACACACACACACACUGCAGCACACUAAGAUCAAGCAUAAAGUUGUGUGUUAACAACAGGGUCUGUUUAGAGACAGACAGAAUCACUCCCUGUCUUCACAGAGACAACAGCACCACUCCAAAACCCCACAGCUGUAGCAUGAUACCAAACACUGACAGACUCAUGUCCUACAAUAUUUCACUGUUCACUAGCAGUUGGUUUCAUGCUUUUCUAAUUUUCCACGCUGCUUAGAUCAUUUCUCAUUCUGUCACUACAUUCUAAUGAAUGCCCUGUGAACAGCAGCUGCAGACGACCAUAAAUAUUUCAGGAUCAAUGGUCAUUGCAGCUGUGAGGACAUAUAAUUCAGCUUCACACAUCAGAUGGAUGGAUGGAUAGAUGGAUGAAUGAAUGGAUGGAUGGAUAACUAACCCUAACGCUAACCUCUAACCCCUUCUCUCUGCCCUUCCUUCUCUCAGAGGUCAAAGAUCGCGGUAUAUGAGAAGAUGUGGUCCUAUAUGAAGUCUGCUGAGCCUUCUGUCUUCGCUAAGACCACAGCGGAGGGUGUGGCUCGCGUCCGCAAGUCCAAAGGAAAGUACGCUUUCCUCCUGGAGUCCACCAUGAAUGAGUACACGGAACAACGCAAGCCCUGCGACACGAUGAAAGUUGGAGGCAACCUGGACUCCAAGGGAUAUGGUAUCGCCACACCUAAAGGCUCACUGCUAAGGUGGGUGGAGUAGUAUAACGAUGGUAGUCCCCAACUCAACUGUUGUUAUGGUAUUCCACCUACCCUGGUGUGCCUUUUAUAUGGAUCACUUAAUAGUGUAUUUGUCUGGUCUAUGUCUGCUGCUUUUUCUCUCUCUCGCUCUCUCGCUCUCUCUGUUACUUUCUUUCUCUGCCUCUCUUGCUCUCGCUCCCUCGCUGUCUCCCUCUCCCUCUCUCUCUCUCUCUCUGUCUAUGUUGUGUUAAGUUAUUUAGUGCCUGUUAGUUCCAUUGCUCUGUUGUAUUGCUGUCUGUCCGUCUAUCCAUCCAUCCCUCUCUCUCCAUCUCUCUUCUUUCACUCACUCUUUCUCUUCACAGGGCCACCGAUCAGGUAAUCUGUCCACUCGUUUGUCAUCUUGAUUGUCUCAUUCCUUCAUUCUCAGACAUAGUGUGUAGUGUAGAUACUAUCUGUUUUUGGACUGAGGCUGAUUGUGAUUGAAGUUACUAACAGUGAUGCCGUGGGGAGGGGCGGAGCACCUUGGCGUUGCCAUGACUCCCAGAGUCACCUGGGGGAAUUUAUAGACACACAGGAAACAGGAUGUUGAAGGGCCUGACCAACGGGGGGAACAAAAAGCAGAAAACUAUCAAAUUAUUUCAUAACACCCCAAAAUACAGAUCAAAUCAAUCAAAUCAAUCAAAAUAAACAAAUUCCCACAAUCCAAUUCAUUGAUGAUGCCCUGAAACACGAAAAUCCAUAUAUUUGUAGUAUGUGUGUGUGUGUGUGUGUGUUUUGGACCAAGAGGAGUCCCAUCUAUAGCAGCAUGACUACUGACACCAUUUUCUAUAACUUCCCCCUGUGCACCGUGCAAAGAAGUCCUCCCACUCCCCUGCGCCUUUACCAGGGUUCCUUUACCACUCAGAUAAAUGAAGGUUUUCUAUUUUAGAGGGAAAAGUGACAGCCAGUGGAUGAUAGUCCCCACCUGGCCCCCUUACUAUUCUGGGACUAUUGACUGCUGUCUCUGGCUUCUCCUUAUCAUCAGAAAACCUACGGGAGAGCGCACGUCAGGCGAGAGCCCCUGCUCACGGCAAGCCAUUCAAAGCACCGAUUUGACAUGAUGAUGAUGAUUUUGAUAAAGAUUAUUAGUAGUAGUAAGAUAUGUAGUUAAUAAUAUAUGUAGUUAAUUCAUAUGAUAAUAAUUAUUUUCCAUGUAUGGGAGAUGUCUACAUAGCAUCAUUCUUUUUCCCCUACCCUUCUUAUGAUGGUGAUUUUUUCCAUGGCUUGCAGCCCACCCAGGAGAACUCUCUCUCACUCUCUCUCUAGCCUCUGAGCCAAGGGGUAGCACAGUGUACAAUACCACAAUCAUGACUGUCUGUCUGACUCUCUGUUUGUCUGUCUGUCUGUGUGUCUGUCUGUCUGUCUGUCUGUCUGUCUGACUCUCUCUCUGUCUGUCUGUCUGACUUUCUCUCUGUCUGUCUGUCUGUCUGACUGUCUGUCUGUCUGUCUGUCUGUCUGUCUGUCUGUCUGUCUGUCUGUCUGUCUGUCUGUCUGUCUGUCUUGUCUGUCUGUCUGUCUUCUGUCUGUCUGUCUGUCUGUCUGUCUGUCGUCUGUCUGUCUGUCUGUCUGUCGUCUGUCUGUCUGUCUGUCUGUCUGUUGUCUGUCUGUCUGUCUGUCUGUCUGUCUGUCUGUCUGUCUGUCUGUCUGUCUGUCCAUCUGUCUUUCUGUCAUACACAACCAGAUAGAUCAGAACACUGUUACAUUCUCCACAGAUCUUUUUUAUUAGAGAGACAAGCUGUCAACCAACCCAAAUUCAAAAAUCUGUCGAUGUGCUCUUGAGCAUGGCUCCUAACCCUAUUGUCACAUACACCCUAUCUGGUGUAUGUGACAAUAAAACAGGAGAGAGAAGAGAGAGAGGAGAGAGGAGGGAAGAGAGAAGAGAGGGAAGAGAGGAGAGAGAAGAGAGGAGAGAGAGAAGAGAGAGGGGUGAAAAAAUUGAGGCGAGAGAAGAGCGAGAGGAGAGAGUGCAGAGAGAGAGAGGAGAGAGGAGGGAGAAGAGAGGGAAGAGAGGGAGAAGAGAGAAGAGGGAGGAGGGAGAAGAGAGGAGAGGGAGGAGGGAGAGGAGAGAGAAAGGAGAGAGAGGUGAAAAAAGAGUGGGAACAGAGGAUAGAUUGAGGAGAGAGAAAAGAGAGAGAAGAGAGAGUGGAGAGUGGAGAUUGAAGGUGUGUUAUUUUAGCCCUCUGUGUCCGUGGUCCAUUUUUGGAGGUCAUUUCCCCUCAGGGUGUGAGAUGGAGACCUGCAGGGGAGGAGGACAGGAGCGGCAGUGACCAGAACACCAGCAGCAGGGUAUUAGCUCCGUGUCAGUAGGGGACUAAGAUAGGCUUUAACACAACAUUUAACCAGGGCUCCACCACUCCCCUUUACCCGCCCUGCUGCACAUCAUUCAGACAAUAGCCUUUAUCUAUGCCUGGUAAAGGUGGACUGAAUGAAAGGGGUUUGGGCUAUUUGGCUCUCUCUAUAGGCUCUAUAUGUUGAUUUAGCUACAGCAAACUGGCAUAACCAUUCUAAAGGUGGGGUUUCAAUAUUGCAAAGAUAUCUUUAUAAUAAGGGGGGAUGUAAAAGCUGGAAGAGAGAGAGAGAAAGAGAGAGGGUUGUCUGGAGGGUUGUGUGAGUCCACUAAUCUGAUGCCUUCCAGCCAAUCACCGGUGUUCCUUUUCCUCAUUCCAUUGGCUCAUCAUUGGCUGAUACUCCAUCCCUCCUCUGACCAACUAUGUUUUAUCCCUCUGAAGAAAUGCGGUCAACCUGGCCGUGUUAAAACUCAACGAGCAGGGCCUGUUGGACAAAUUGAAAAAUAAAUGGUGGUACGACAAGGGAGAGUGUGGCAGCGGGGGAGGGGACUCAAAGGUUAGCCUCUCUGUCUCCGACCGCGGUUCAACCGUGUUCGGGAAGUAAUGCGAGCAUCUGCCCCGGCCACACAGAUCAGUGAUGAACAUGACCACAUCGCCCCGCCCACUUCGACUAACCUCGGUCUGAAACAUGGGAGGAAAGAAGGAGAGGAGGGGAGUGAUGGAGAGAGAUAGGAGAGAAAUUACUGUCAAAGCAGGAAUAUUGGCCCUCUAGUGGAUGCUCUGAAGAGAGGAGUGUGGACUAGAAGACUGUCAGAACAUAGAGGGAGAGAUAGAGAGGAGGAUGGUGGGAUGAAAUAGAGAGAUUAUGUACUUUAUGUUUUGAUGUACUUUAUUGUUUGCUGCCUUUUAAAUUCCUUUUCAUAUCUCUUACCCAGUGUGAGCAGGCCCUGCCAAUAGUCCUGUGUUCACAGUAAUUGCCUCUGCUUGUGUAGCACCGGCUGGGGCAGUAUGGGCGCGUUACCUGAAGUGAUGCAGGGGGGUCCCACUCAUAUGUCUGUAGCUCGCUUAGCCCUCGCCCCCCAGUCACCCAACGAGCAUACACACAUGUACUCAGUGGGACCCAGACUGGGUCACUUUUACCAAGCAGUACCAUUGAUGUGACAGUUCUGACUGUAUGUGACCUAAUAACAUAAAAUAACAUGGACCUAUGAUGUUAUUUAUGUUAUUUUUACACGCCAAGAACCCCGGUAAACCUUGCGGUUUUGAAACUGAGUGAAGCAGGAGUCUUAGACAAACUGAAAAACAAAUGGUGGUACGAUAAGGGCGAGUGUGGACCCAAGGACUCGGGAAGUAAGGUCAGUGUCGCGGGCAGAGUGGGGGACCAAACACCCUCACUGUGUGACAGACAGGAACGCCUCCAGAUUAGCCUGGAGACUAGGAUUAGCAUUAGAAUUAGCAUCAGUUAAAUCUAAAUAAUCUAAUGAUAAAAUUUGAUUGAUUUACUGUUGAAUACCUUUCUAUUUAUAUCACUGCAGGUUUUCUGCCUAUGCCACAUCUGCCUUUAUAAUGUGAUUUCAAAAUAAAAAAAUUAUGAUACUGCAUAAAUUCUGGAAAAUGUGUUAAGGCCUUAAUAAUAAUGGGCUUAAUCUCAUACCAUUCAGUUUACUAUUCUCUGGGUUACUCUGGGUAAAAGAAAAGUCAAAGAGUGGAGAGGUUCUUUGAAACAUAAUGAGUUUUAUGAAACUACAGAUAAUCUUAGAACAUUUAAGACGUCCUUAAACACAUCAGAUGUCUUUAGAAGAACACUUGAGAUAUUCUUAGAAGAUCAGAGAACUCCUAAGAAUGCCAGUGAAGUUUUUAAAAUACUAGGGACCUUCACCAAGAGUGUCUGAAUAGAAUACUUUAUCAUCACUCAUCCAAAAGCCUGACCAAUACGAUGACUGAACAUAUUUUAAUUGUUACAGUGUACUAGUCAUCCUCGACUUAAUACUUAAUACUUGUAGCAAUAUUAAAAUGUUUCUUUACUUAAAUUGUAGUCAUGCAGUAGUAGUAGAUAUGUAGUAAAUGUAGUAGUACUGUCAUAGUAGUAAUAAUAGUUGUAGUGUAUGCACUAGUAGAUUAUAAGCUUUAAUGAUGGUAGUAGUAGAAAUGCUUACCCUAGCAGACUAGUCAUAGUAGUGGUAGGGGCUGUUGUUGAUAGCACAAGUAGACGUUAUUGUGCUAAAAAAUAAAGAACUAAGACUUAGUCAUGAUGUUGAUGAAACUCUAAAGCUGCCUGUUCUGUGUCUCACUAGCACCACUGUCUCUCUCUCUCUAACCCUGUGCUCUCCGUCCCUCCUCCCAGGACAAGUCCUCCCAGGCCCUGAGCCUGAGCAACGUGGCCGGGGUCUUCUACAUCCUGGUGGGGGGUCUGGGCCUGGCCAUGCUGGUGGCCCUGGUCGAGUUCUGCUACAAGUCGCGCGCCGAGGCCAAGCGCAUGAAGGUGGACCUUAGCCCCCCUCACUGCCCCAGCCCCUCUCCCAGCACCCAGAAUUUAGCCACUUAUAGAGAGGGGUACAACGUAUACGGCUCCGAGGGGGUCAAGAUAUAG